AUGUUGUCCUGGGACCUGGUUUUUUGGGCAAAUAAGGAAUGUGUCGAUUACAUUCCAUCAAUCUGGGCUGUUGAUAACGAAAAUUACAAGUGGCCGCAAGGAGUGUCUCAAGAUGUGCGGCAAGCUUUAAUUGAUGCUUGCGACCCUUUAAAGUCAAUAAAGUAUCGCAUACACAAAGGAAGACCAAAGAUAAUGAACAUAAGAGACUUAAAAAAAGCCAAACUAUGUGAAAGAGCGCUUUACUCUUCUUGUGUUGAAACUACCGACGGUGAAAUACCUGUAUCUCAACAUUCGGAUAAUACUGAUAGUGACAAUGAAGACAUGCAGUCUGUUAUUACCUUUACACCACCAAAAACAUCAAGUAGUAUAAAUCCAAACAAAAGUAACAAAACGCUUAACGCCAUAUCUUUUAACAAUCACAGUAGUGAUGAUGAUUUGCCAUCGAUUAAAGAAAUUGCUCAUUCUAGUAGAUCCAAAAAUAAAUUGCAUGUGACCGCUGGUCUGUAUUAUACAUACAACUACAACUAA